CAGCAAUUAUCAUUUGUGAUCAUCAGACAGAUCUGAGAGUACUUAUGAAAAUAUGAACUCCACUAAAACACAAGAGAUGGACAGAGAAGAUGAAGAUGAGAUGGCGAUCUAUGCCAAUGCAGACAUUGUAUUUAAUGAUGAUCGCAGAACAAGGGUCAAGGACUCAGAUACCAAGAGACAACGGAUGCUUCAAAUUGCAGGAAGUGUGUGGAGCAGAAUGCAUGGAGCAGCUGCAGUAUGUUUGGUGCUGUUUUGUGUUCUGAUGACUGUCAUCAUAGUGCUGCGCGUCCAGCUCAGCACAGAGACUCACAACUGCCAAACUGAAAUCAAGAACUUUACUGAAGAGAGAAACCAGUUACAAAAAAAGUAUACAGACCUCGAGGAAAAGAGAAACCAGUUACAAAAAAAGUAUACAGACCUCGAGGAAAAGAGAAACCAGUUACAAAACAAUUAUAAAGAAAUCAAAUAUGAGAGAGAUCAGUUACAAAACAAUUAUACAGGAAUCAAAUAUGAGAGAGAUGGGUUACUAAAUGAGAAUACCAGACUUAAAAAUAAUGUAACCCAGUUAGCAAUCAAGAUUGCCAAACUCACGGAAGGGAGAAACUCAUCUAAUAUGAUCAAUACCACUUAUACCACAUCGACUUACCUGUAUAAGUAAGAAGCCAUAUAUUGUUCAUUAUUAUCCAAUAAAAUUCACAAAGAUAUCACAAAGUGUGGUGGAAGUUUUAUUUUCACAUCGGUUUUAUUUGCUUUACUGUACUAAAAAAUUUUUUUUUUUUUCAUUUUGAAUGCCUCAGUAACGUGCUUAAGUUUGUCAUGAGAUGAGAGAUAACAUGAAAUCUAAAUGCAAGACAAGUGUGAAACAGGAAAUGUUUUAGCUUCUUAGACGUCCUGGCUGCUUUGAAAUGCAUCUGAAAGACAUAAAUGGACACCUUAAAUGGACAUAUAUGCUGAAUAUGCAUUAUGAUUGGAUGAGAUCAAAGAAAUCCUCAUUUGAUGGAGGUAUAAAUGUUGAGUUGGGGUGUUUCUUCUUUGUCGUACUGCAAUCAACUUGGAUGACUGUACGACUGCUGAACUGUUCUUGCAAGAAAGGACUUUUUCAAGAGACUUCUGUCUCAUACCUUUAUUGCAAUUGAAAACUGGAAGGACACAAAGUCAUACAGAAAGCUACAAUGAAAAAUCUAAUGCUGAUCUGUUGAUUCAGUUAAUGGAGGUCUGAUGAUUUCAAAAAUGUUUUUUUUUUUUUCUAUUACAUGAAAUCUGGAACAUUUGCAACAAUUAAAUCCAUAAAGGACAUUGUUUCUGCA